CACAGCGGCCGCCAGGCUGCCGAGCCGGCGGCGAGGCCCUGUGCUCCUGGGCUGGGUGCAGACUGCUGGGAACAGGCGGCAGCGGCGCCGAGGCUGCGGGACACGGCGCGGCCAGUCUGCGGGACGGGCCCCAGGUGGAGAGGAGGACGCGAGGAGGCCGCGCCGAGGCCAGGCAGCGAGCUCUGAAGCCCGGAGACCCGGGCCGCGGCACAGCUCCCACAUGGCCUCCGGAGGGGGCGCGGCCUUCGAGGAGCUGCCGCCCGACGGCACGUGUGAUGAGUGCGAGCCAGACGAGGCUCCGGGAGCCGAGGAAGUGUGCCAGGAAUGCGGCUUCUGCUACUGCCGCCGCCACGCGGAGGCGCACGGGCAGAAGUUCCCCAGGCACCACCUGGCCGAGUACGUCCACGGAGCCGCCCAGGCCUGGACCCCGGGAGCCCGGGGGGAUGGGGCGGGAGAGGAAGAAGUCGAGGCCCAGGUAGAGAACGAGAAGGCCCUAGAAAGCGAGGCGGGGGAAGAGAGCGAGUCCGAGGAAGACUGUGAGUCCGAAGAAGAGAGUCAGACGGAGGAGGAGAGCGAAGACGAGAGUGAGGAAGACAGUGAGGAAGAUAGUGAGGAAGAAAUGGAGGAUGAGCAAGAGAGCGAAGCAGAGGAAGACAACCAGGAGGAAGGAGAAUCGGAAGCGGAGGGAGAAACUGAGGCAGAAAGCGAAUUUGACCCAGAAAUAGAAAUGGAAGCGGAGAGAGUGGCCAAGAGGAAGUGUCCGGACCAUGGGCUCGAUUUGAGUACCUAUUGCCAGGAAGAUAAGCAGCUCAUCUGUGUCCUGUGCCCAGUCAUUGGGGCACAUCAGGGCCACCAGCUCUCCACCCUAGACGAAGCCUUCGAAGAACUAAGAAGCAAAGAUUCAGGCGGACUGAAGGCGGCUAUGAUAGAGUUGGUGGAAAGGUUAAAGUUCAAGAGCUCAGACCCUAAAGUAACCCGGGACCAGAUGAAGGUGUUUAUACAGCAGGAAUUUAAGAAAGUUCAAAAAGUGAUUGCUGAUGAGGAGCAGAAGGCCCUUCAUUUAGUGGACAUCCAGGAAGCAAUGGCCACAGCUCAUGUGACUGAGAUACUGGCAGACAUCCAGUCCCAUAUGGAUAGAUUGAUGACUCAGAUGGCCCAAGCCAAGGAACAACUUGAUACCUCUAAUGAAUCAGCUGAGCCAAAGGCAGAGGGCGACGAGGAAGGACCCAGUGGUGCCAGUGAAGAAGAAGACACAUGAAGGCCUGCCAUCCCCAGUGGAAAAUCAUCCCUUCCCCUUGUGUGUAUGUGACGGCGUAUAUGUAAUGGCUUCUGAUUCCUGUGAAAGCUGCCCAGCAACAAACGUGCUUCCACCAGAUGCCUCCCCAGAUCCACAGCAGGCACAUAGCUCUCCAAGGAAUGACCAGUUUUACUCUUACUGACUGUGCUUCUCAUUCUCUUGUCGUGAUAGGUCAAGGAAAAUGCCCCUUUGAUCAACCAGGAGCAAUUAAAGGGUCCUUCAGGUAAAUCCCUCGAUGGCUGCUUUGAACUUGCUCAGGAAAGCCAGCCCCUGUCAUAGUGUAUACCCAAACAGUAUCACUUCAUUAAGAAGGAUCUGGAAUAAUCUUGAAGGGCAGUCAGAAUUUGUUUCCCUACCUGCUAAUAAAACCACACUUUAUUCAUAUUUAAGCAUGGAAUAAAUGAGGGAAAAGUAGGGCCGAAUCAACCCACAUAGUUCGUCUCUAAAAGUCCAUUUAAUACAUCUGUGAAAAUGUGGUUUCAUGAAAUAAUAUGGACGGCUUGAAAACAGAUAAAGAGUUAAAAGUUAGAAAUAUAUAGAGAUAUUUUUAGUACAUGAGGUUAUCCAGGAUUUCAGAUUCAUAAUUCAGUGCUGUGGAAAUGAAAAAAAAAAAAAAAAGAUUGAAGAGAUAGAAAAGAAAUGACUUUUUUUUUCCCCAAAAAAAAAGGACCAAAGAGAUCUGAUUAAAAGUUGAAAUCGAAAUCAGUAUUUCUGAACUCAAACUGCCUAAGUUUCCAAAAUAGUCACUAAAGGAUCUGAUGGAACCUGAAUUAUUUGAGUGGACUCUGAGGUUUUAUGGGUCUUGUCACAGCAUGAAAGUCUGGAAUGUGUAUUACAAAUGGGAAUUUUCAGUGUAGGUUUUGCUCCCCCUCCCCCAGCUUAGCCUGAUUUGGCUUAAAUGCAGUGUGGGGAGAAUUCUUGGCCCUCUGUGGUGUGUUGAAUCGAGCUCCAUCUCCUGGCAGAUACACCUUCCUUUUACUCCAGCGGGGACCCCUCUUCCCCUGGCUCUCCCCACCUCCAGGUCAUCUCCCACACGCUGGCUCUCUCCUCUUAAGUAACGUGAGCAGAGACUCACCGUGGUUGGACUCUGGUCUUUCCCCACUCCCAAAGCACAUUUCCUUACAACCGAGUUUUUUACUCCUAAAUAAGCAAUGAUGUACUAGGGAAUACAAAACUGCAAACUAAAAAACAUGCGUCUUCUGAAACAGGAGUUUUACUUAACAAAUGGUUUGGAGUCAGGGAAUGACAUUAUUUUUAGAUAAAACAAACACAAUUAUAUUAUGAAAUAGAAUGUAUACAUAAACAGUAAAGAUAAAAUAGGAGACUUCACAGAGAAUUUUUAUUAGCGAGUGGGGUGGUGUUCCCUCUCCUCUGCCUUUAGUGGUAUUUUGGUGUUCGCUUCUGAGAAGUACAAUUGGAACUACAUCCAAGCAGCCUUAGGGUUUCUGUUGACUCAGGACCUAGACUUCUAGUGCCUCUGAGGCAGAAACAAAGGAGCUGCACUGAGGGGAGUUCCUCUUCCUGCCUGCCUGCCUGCCUGUAUACCUAUCACAGAGCUUUAGGGCCAACCGAUAUGUGUGUGCAGGAUGGUUUUGAGGGAGAAACAAUGCUUACUUACUAUAGGAAUCCUGUCUAUAUCACAGUUCAGUCCUGUGCAUGCUAUGAAAUGAUUGUUUCUUUGAGGCCAGGAAGCUACCAGGUAUAUAUGCUUCUGGGUUAGGAUUACCCUUGCUCGCUAAAUAUGUUGUUGGGACAUUGGGGCUGAGAGUAGUUUGGGCUGUUUAAAAAAAAAAAAAAGUAUUUUUCUCUCCAACCGGUGGCCAGCAAAUGACUAAGACAUUUUCGGUACUUUACCUUUCUGCCCACAAAGACUGGCGAUUUGGGCAUACCACUAAUUACAACCCCCAACCACAUCCAAAGAAACUACUCCUAAAGGAGGACGAGUGGCCAUUCUUAAAAGAGUUUAAAAAUCAGAAUAUUAAGAAGAAUUUAGGAUUUGGAAGCUUGUGUUGUCUUUCCCCAGUAAGUAUUGUUUAAUCUCCAAGUAGUAGCCUUAUUUUAGCAGUGGACAGAUCACUGGCUCCUCCGUACCAGAUCAUACGUUAUUACUUUAAAUCAGUAUUUGGGAAACCCAGGCAUUCAUGCAAUGGAUAUGAAUGGAAAUACAAACACAUGCCAGCCUGUCUCAAUAAAUUAUCAUACUCUGUAAUCCUCAAGGAAAGCACUUUUGCUUUUACUUAGAAAGGAUUUCAGAUUUGCUUUGUGGGCUCCUGCUGUUUUCAGCACCUGAUAAAACUUUAACCAGGGAAGCAUUAAACACAGCUCAGCAGCUUCUGCCCAGGCUCCUGAGUUCCUGCCGGCAGCAUUUAUCAGUGUAAGAUGCUUCCUGCAGUGGCACCAGCUUCCUUAAAGCUGGAGCAUGCUUCUCGGCCUUAAGCCCCAGCAUGAUGAGACUUCCCUCCUACCAGGUCAGUAAGAGUUGCUCACAACUGUGCCCUAACUGGCUGCAGGGUUUGCAGAAAUCCCUAGGGAGCAGUCAUCAAGGGAGGCAGGUAAUGAAUGUCUUCAGAAUGAAUUGGGUCCUCACAGCAAUCCCUGGCUCCCUUCCAAAGGUUGGGUAUCUGGAGGCUAAGAGGGGGGAUUGUCCUUUGAUUUGAUUGUCAUUAAAUCCAGGACAAUUCCAAGAAUUGCUUGGAGUCUCUGCUCUGACAGCCUAGAAAGGGAAAUGACUUAAAAUAUUGAGGACCAACUAUGAGGACCCAUUUCUCAGAUGGUAAUACAGAUUUGGAGGGCAAGAGUCACUUGCCUUGAGUUACACAGCUAGGAAGUAUUGGAGCUAGGUUUUGUACCCGGCUCUUCCUAACUCUGUGUAUGCCUAAAACAGAGAGAAAAAGGCUGCAGUUUCCCCCCCUGCAGUCUGACCAUUCCACUCUAUGGAUUCUUUUUCAAAGUUACAUUUUAUGGCUAUAGUUGAGGCUCAGAAAUGGCAGCAAGUUAGCCUUAUUCUUCUACUUUAGCAGAUACAUUAAGUACAUAUUGCUAACUUGAGCCUGCCCCCAGGAGUUGGAGGACACCUUUCCUUUUUGGUGCUAUUCCCCAUAAAUACAGUGUUUUUAGACCUUCAGGAGUAUGGAACUUAUCAGAAAUAGUAGAAGUGAGGAGUGUUCUGCUCUCUAACUUUAUUUGAAAAUGUCAGCUGCUACACUGCUGCAGAAAAGGAAAUCUUCAUAUUUUAGUAAACCUAGCCAGUCUGUGAGGAUGUGGUAAUUCAAAGUCCUGUGAACCUAGACUUUCCUGCUAACACCUGAUGUGUACACACACACACACACACACACACACACACACACACACACACACACACACACACACACACACACACACACACACACACACACACACACACACACACACACACACACACACACAGAGUUUAACAAGUGAGAGAAAUUCAGAGCAGCCGCUGCUUCAUUAUCUCGCAUACCACCGCAGAGGUUUCUGCCAGCCCUGAUUACAAGUGUCACCAGAUAAUGGGGCUUAGUUGCUUGCUUACAAGAUGCUAACAAGAAGAGCAACUCCUUGGCAAAGGUUGUCAGCUCCUAAAGCACUGAGCCAAGGUGACAGCCCUGAGGGAAAUCGCACUCCAGCCCUACUCCAAGGUGUCUAAUGAUAUGGGAAAUUUGGACACCCAGAAUUUUUGGUGACCUGAGAGUCUAACCACUCUAGUCAGGCCUGAGGGCACGGCUGCAGAAUUCACGACCGAUAGGAGUGGCAGGGCUUAGGAAGUCCUCUCCUCCACCUAGAAAAUAUUCUCUUGCCAAUACCUGAAAUGCCACACUCAGUAGCUCUUCAACACAUGCUUUUCGAUAAGAAAAUUAGUUGCAUGUUUACGGUGUGCCUAGCACAACUGGAAUUUUCUGUUUAAAAAACAAACCUAUCUCAUUAUGAAUGGACUCAGCCCAGCCCUGAGAGAAAAGAAGGCCUGCAGGCCUGCAGGGGAGACUUCAGAUCUCAUUAAUAUUGCCUUACCCAACGGUGUUUCUGAAGCCCCACCACAGCCCGUUCCAAGAAUUGUAAGGCCCUUGGGGACUGCCUAGGAAAACAGUAGCAUUUGGAACCAAGAACACACAAGAACACGCGCUUGUUCGUGCCAGGGCAGGAAAAUAAAAAUAAAUUAAGACACUAGUGGGUAUACUGGUACAAAAAGUGCCGCAGAGCCCAUGCUAGCCUUGAUAUGACCUUGAGGGGACAGUAGAUUUAUACUUAUGGGACUUAAACCUGACCAAUCUUUCUACAGUGACAGGCCACACUGCGUGGAUAAGGAGAACCAACGAACCCAUUGUCCUCUGCCUGUUUUCCUGUGCACAGUCACAUUCCCUCCUCAGUCAUCUUCCUCUUUCACACUUUACAUUAAACAAGGGAACACUCAGUCUUUCACGGGAAUUACACAUUUGAGUUAAUGUUUCAGUAUAUCAUUUUCAUACUGUAAGUUAUUUUGUAAGAAAGAUUUACUGCUCUCCCAGGAUGUUUGGACUCAGUGCCCCUGUGCAUUUGGAAAUCAAUAAACUAUUACUGGAAAUAC